AUGUAUAGAGAACAAUUUUGUGAAAAAGAGAAACAAGUACUUUCUGAAAGGGUUGCAGAACUUGAGGAACAGCUAACAGAAGAACAACGUCAUGAACUUGAAGUCAAGUUGGAAACGUCUGAAAAACACAUACCUCUUAUUUGUGUUGGUGACAACAGUGAAGAUGAUGACAUCAUAUUUAUUUUGCCUGAGGACUAUUCUCCCAGAAAGAGGUUGAAAAUUGACCAUGAAAAGAAAGCUCAUAGGAUUGGUGACCAAGAUAACCAGGCUAAAAAAGACCUAGCUAUUACUUACUACAAACCUGGUACAAAUCUACCACAUGCCAGGGAAAACUGUACAGCUCACAAGUUUGUUCAGAGCAAUGUAACUACAGCAACAGUAUCAUGUAAUGAGAACUAUUGUGAGCAGUGCUAUUGUUAUGUAUGUGAUGCUAAUGUGAAAGAGUGUAAUUCCUGGAAGACUGGCACUAAUCCUCAUUGCAAUGCAUACUCUAAGAAUGCGUUUUGGGAAAAACUUCGAAAGAUGGCAAAGAGAAAAGUGGUAUGUUUAACUGAAGUGUUGUGA